GUGGUCGCAAAGUCCAGGACCAGAAUAUGGCACCCAACAGGAGAUGACGGGGCAGACAAGGGCUAUGAUAACGCGAAGGAAUCUGAACAAGAUCUCCUUUCAAGAGCCCUUCAAUGAGAUGACGGAUUGGCGACAUGAGGCUGUACCAUCGGCAUAUGAUGAAUAUAAUGAGUAUGAUGAACCAGAUGCUGAAUCACGGUCUGGACAGCUGGAGAUUGCGUUGUUGAGGUGGCCACUAUUGGUUGAAAGCCUCCUGCGGCGAAGACGUGCAGAAAUGUUGGAGAAUGGGCGGAUGCUUUUGGACAGGGCCCGUCACGGUGUUGAUAUCAAGCAGGUUUUGAGAGCAGAAGUUGAGAGUGUAUCGUCAAUUCUUCUCCGAGAGCCAGAAUGGUGCGUAGAAUUCGAAUACCUCGCUCGCCGCUACAGCGAGUGCCUGCGAAACGCCUCGACACUGAGAGAGCCUGGAUUCACUGAGAUGGAUAUCCACUAGACAAAAAUCGAUAGAUGUAGGAUGAAUUAGGAUUCAGCGCUGGUAGUUUCAGAUGCGCUGUAGCUUAAAAGGCUUACCGUCUUGAGACUGCCAAUGUAGCAGCAUCAAGUCCGCCCACUAUGAGAUCAAUUGAUCAACCUGUUGUGCUGCCCUC